AGGAGUCCAAGGAAACAGAGUGUGCCUUUGUGAGGGUGUGUGUGUGCCGCCGAGUCUGUGUGCAGUGGGUGUGGGUGUUUGUCUCCCUGUAUCCGCCUUCUCUCCCGUGCUGGACUUUUAGUCUUCCUGGGCUUGUCUUCCUCAUGUCCUACCUCCUCCCUCUCGUGGCUAGAAUUGGGGACCCUGGUGGAGUAGAGGGUCCCGCUCCAGGACCCAGUCCAGCCCCAGACGCUGCCUGAGGCUUUCCUCCAGCUCCCCUCCCUUCCUUUCCUCCCUCCCUCUCUUUCCCUUCCUCCCUCCACCCCCCAGGCUGGCGUGCCAGGGGGUGGGACAUGCCAAUCACUGGCUGUGCCUCUCCGGCUGCCAGCACAGGGUGCAGCUCCCCCUGGGAGCCAGGUGUUUGGGUCCCUGGAGACGCCGCCAGCCCCCAGGGAGGCAGUGGGGUUGAGGACCCUACAGACCCCUCUCCAGCCCCAUGGGAAUCUUGAAUCCCACCAUCCCCAUCCACCUUCAGCCUCCCAAGAUGAACUGAACCAGGCAGCUGGCCAGAUGGACAAGCCGGAUGCCAAGAUGACGACCUCCCCCUGAGGAAGCCCUGUCGUGUGACUUGAGGAAGGGGCUGCCCCCCCAGCCCCACCCGGCCGCCAUGAAUACCUCAGCCCCACCUGCUGUCAGCCCCAACAUCACCGUCCUGGCACCAGGAAAAGGUCCCUGGCAAGUGGCCUUCAUUGGGAUCACCACAGGCCUCCUGUCACUGGCCACAGUUACAGGCAACUUGCUGGUACUCAUCUCCUUCAAGGUCAACACAGAGCUCAAGACAGUCAACAACUACUUCCUGCUCAGCCUGGCCUGCGCGGACCUCAUCAUCGGCACCUUCUCCAUGAACCUCUACACCACCUACCUGCUCAUGGGCCACUGGGCUCUGGGCACACUAGCCUGUGACCUCUGGCUGGCCCUGGACUACGUAGCCAGCAACGCCUCCGUCAUGAACCUGCUGCUUAUCAGCUUUGACCGCUACUUCUCCGUGACCCGGCCCCUGAGCUACCGUGCUAAGCGCACACCCCGCCGGGCGGCCCUGAUGAUCGGCCUGGCCUGGCUGGUUUCCUUCGUCCUCUGGGCCCCAGCCAUCCUGUUCUGGCAGUACCUGGUGGGGGAGCGGACGGUGCUGGCCGGGCAGUGCUACAUCCAGUUCCUCUCACAGCCUAUCAUCACCUUUGGCACAGCCAUGGCCGCCUUCUACCUCCCUGUCACAGUCAUGUGCACACUAUACUGGCGCAUCUAUCGGGAAACAGAAAACCGGGCCAGGGAGCUGGCGGCCCUGCAGGGUUCCGAGACGCCAGGUAAGGGGGGUGGCAGCAGCAGCAGCUCAGAGCGGUCCCAGCCGGGGGCUGAGGGCUCACCGGACAGCCCUCCAGGGCGCUGCUGUCGCUGCUGCCGGGCCCCCAGGCUGCUGCAGGCCUACAGCUGGAAGGAGGAAGAGGAGGAGGAUGAAGGCUCCAUGGAGUCCCUCACAUCCUCAGAGGGUGAGGAGCCUGGCUCUGAGGUGGUGAUCAAAAUGCCCAUGGUGGACCCGGAAGCACAGGCCCCCACCAAGCAGCCCCCUCGGAGCUCCCCAAAUACAGUCAAGAGGCCGACCAGGAAGGGGCGUGAGCGAACGGGCAAGGGCCAGAAGCCCCGUGGAAAGGAGCAGCUGGCCAAGCGGAAGACCUUCUCGCUCGUCAAGGAGAAGAAGGCAGCUCGGACCCUGAGCGCCAUCCUGCUGGCCUUCAUCCUCACCUGGACCCCAUACAACAUCAUGGUGCUGGUGUCCACUUUCUGCAAGGACUGUGUUCCCGAGACCCUGUGGGAGCUGGGCUACUGGCUGUGCUACGUCAACAGCACCAUCAACCCCAUGUGCUACGCACUCUGCAACAAGGCCUUCCGGGACACCUUCCGCCUGCUGCUGCUCUGCCGCUGGGACAAGCGACGCUGGCGCAAGAUCCCCAAGCGCCCUGGCUCCGUGCACCGCACCCCUUCCCGCCAGUGCUGAUGGGCCCCUCGCCCGCAUCCCUCCACCCCAGUCCCUGGGAGAGCUGGGUAGAAGGCGAGCAGGCAGGGGCUGUGACCUCAGUCAGACCCAGGGCCCUGCUCAGUCCCCACCAGGCUUCCAGGCCUCGAGGUCACCUUCCUGGGCAACCCAGAGAGACCCUGCCAACUUUCCAAACUUGGCUAUUCCCAGGCAGGGAGAGAACCCGGGGAACUGGUUUUUCUGUUCCCUGCUGGGUGGGAAUGGGCUCUUCACCAGGAAGAAGGCCCAGGAGGAGGAUCUGGCCUUUGGAUUUCUUGUUUGCGUUUAGGCAGGAAGUCUGUCCCGAGCCAGCAGGGCGGGCCAGGAGAAAGAAGGUUUACCAUUACAGUCAUCCUCGGUCCAGUGGCUGGUCUGGAUUGGCAGCAGGAGAUGGCACCCCCUGGGGCCACAGCAGGGAACUGAAACAAACCACUGAGAGAAGAGCUUGGCUCAAAGGAAACAGCCCCUGGCUGGGAAUCCCCUCCCUCUGCAGGAACAGCCCACUCUCCUGGGUCCUAGACACACGCUCCAGGAUUCUCCAGCCUCCCUACCAAUGUCUCCAGAGCAUCCCUUUGUGGGUCACUCCCAAGGCAAACGUCCAAGCAUCAGCAGAACAAUGACACCAGAGGGGACCAGCUUGGCUAGUCAUACAUCAAGUCCCAAGGCAGCAGCAGGACCGGGCACCAGGUGUCCUGUCUGUCCCACUCUGUCAUUUCCCUGGGAGUGAGGGGCAGGGGAACCUGCUAUCCAGCCUCACACCUGUAACUCCUGCUCCAGAGAAGUCCCCUGUCCCUCCCUUCCUGGUUCACAGCCAUCACCCGGAUACACCUGCUCCAUGCGGAUCUCUCCAGGCCUCCCGCAUGCUGCCUGCCUCUGGCCGCCCCGCACAGGCCUGGCCCAGCCAACAGGCCCUCUCCUGUGAACUCCCCAGUCACACCAUGCAUGGCCUCCCAGCUACCCUCAUCUCCAGGCCCAGCCUGGCCCCAAAUAUUCUUUCCUUCCAUCCUCAGCAAGCCCUGAGUCUGUAAAUAAAGCCACAUAACCAGCGGGUGCUAA